AUCAUUUUCAGCGUUGACUUAACUCGCCUUAAAUACUGGAAUUAUUGGUUAUGACACACAGUCCGAGUUUACGAAUGAAAGAAUUAUCUGAAUCCGCUGUUGCACAGUUUAAGCGGCGUCUAAUCUUGUAACCGAUCACAAAUGGCUGACACUCGUAAAUUGAUAAAGUUAUCGGCACAUUUUUGCGACGUUUAGCCUAGGCGUUAUCAUAAGACAGAUAAGUAGAAUAGGAGACAGUGGACUUUGAGAGUAGCCGAAGGAAGGUGGAAUUCCAAGCGUCUUUAAGCUUGGAAUUACAAGUUUAUUAAGAAGAGAUUAAGAUAGUUGUACAAAAAUAACGAUAAAAUAGAUAGAGCCAGAAAUCUUUGGAUCAGAAAAUUUUAAAUGGGUUUUGAAGCAGCACUUAACUUCAAAGAAUCUCUUUAAAAACUGUCGUUUAUUAAAAAAUAUAACUCCGCUGUGUUACAGAAAAUCUUGGAGCAUCGAGAAUUUUUACUGGGGAUUUUGCUUUACUCACCACUGGUAGUUCAGGGUUUAUUUACAAAGGAAAAACGCUAGACUCAUACAAAAAGUAUGAGUAAACAUUCUCUUUAUAUAUCUUGAUUAGCAAAUAAUAAUACUCAAAUGGCUCGUAGUUUAGGAUAUGCUAUCGUCAAGAUGCAUUGAUCCAGACAAACAUAAAGAUUAUAGCUGACCCAUUUGCUACACCUUGUCCAAUAAUAUGGUGAUGGCAGGAAACGAAAAUGCGCCAGGAACCUUGGCAGAUGACCCGUUGUCUGCGAGAUUGCAAUGGCUGCGUCAACGCAGAGAAGCCUUGCAAGAGAAGCUUGCCCAAAAGAACAGCGAGUUGAAAAACCUAUGCGUAGAGGAGGCAGAGCUAACGGGGGUUUUACCACCGGAAAUACCUUUGGAGCCUGGCGAAAGUCCGCCAGCUUUUCGUAGAAAAGUAGGCACUUCCUUUACAUAUCCGCAAAAAUUGAUCAACAAGUUGAAGACCACCGACGUUGAGGAGUCAGAAUUGGAGUUGGAAAGGCAAGUACAGCUUAGGAUUGUGGAAACUGCGUUGAGUAUCAUUAACGACCCUACGGAAAGUAAGGCCACGCGACGCAAGCAAAGGCUCGCUUAUCAGCAGAGUCAACGAAGACUACAAGAGUUGGAGACGGAGCUCAACUUCAUUAGACAGACUCGUGGCAAAGCACAGCGACCGAUACAAGUACACGCGGGAAGUUACAAUACGCCACCGCAUUCACAUGUUAACGUAAAACACAGGACAAAGAAGCCACGGCCACCAUUAGAUAGUACAGGAAAUGAAAUAACAACUCUGAAGUCUAUUGGAAGGAGUAUACUUCAUGAACCUGGUAUUAGUUUGAGUCCUUUGGCAUCCGAAGACAAAUCGAAUACUUAUACCGGGCAUGGAUACGAGGAGCAGUUAACCGUACCGACCGUUUGCAGUCAUCAUCACCACAGUGGCACUUAUCCUGGCGUAAGCCCUGUCGAACCACCGAACAUUAAGAUCGUGGAGCACGAUCAUAAUGACAAUCACAAUAUCUACAUUUUACCCGACCAAUAUCGCGCGCGCACAUAUUCCCAUGGGAGCGGCGGAUCUCGUGGCCAUUACCCGGACGCCGAGAGAACGUAUCGACCUUAUGUGCCGAACACCUAUACCGAGGACGAGCGUCAAAUGCGCUAUCGUCAAUUUCAGCAUCUGCAGAAGCAACAGCAAUUGCAGGAUCAACUGCAGCAACCCCACAGACUACAUUACACAAAUUCCUUCGAGUCCUACAAGCAUUUGGAUAAUGCGGAUUUUGUACGGAGAAGUGGUCAGGGAACCUACGACAGAGAUUUUCGCUCGUCUCAUUACUUGCCCAUCGAUUACCAGGCCUACUAUAAGAGCAGCGCGCAAUCUCAGCAGAUUUUACCGAGGCGAGAUCGUGAUUCGUCAUUACCGUCCUGUAUCAAGAACAUCUCGCGGCACAGCGGUGGCAGUACAUCGAUCGAGUCGCAAUUGUCAUCCGGCUACUGGGUGCGCCACAACGACGACAUCCACUGGGUGAGCAUGGACGAGCCUGAUAGAUUCGGCAGUUUGGAUCGCAGACGCAGAAGUGCUCAGCACAACGGUGGUGUCGGUUGUACAAAUUUAGAUACGCAAUCGCGUUAUCGCACGGUCGCGGUCGCGUGUACUAAAAGCUCGUCGAGCAGCAACGUUACCGCGUCAUCUCAUCAGCAUCACUCCGUUCACCUGUUGCCGUUGUCCGAGCAACAAACGUCGGCGAACAACAAUAAGAUGCUGCUGCGCACACAGUCAUUGGGAAGCGUGGAGACCUGGCAGUCGAGUCACUCGCAUGAUUCGCACGACAGCAAGGACACGUCGGAGUACGCCAAUAAUAAUCGUAAGAGUCGUCAAAAGGAGUGGUACGAAACGUCAUUGGAUGCGGGAGCGAGUACGUGCUUGGAUCACAACCUGGUCGACGCGAGAAAAAACGCGCAUUAUCAGUCGAGUCCUCCGCUUGCUCGUAUCAGGACUGCUACUAACGAAAACGCGAGAGACAGUCAGACGACCGGCGGACCACCGCCGCCGAUGAGUCCGGUGAACCGUCACAAGAGGGACAAGCCCGAAGAGCGGCAGCACGCGCAGUCUCAUUCUCGUUACGAUCAGCCCCCAACGAGGCCAAAGGUAUUGGAGAUACCAGCCGAAUCGAAGCCAUCCGUGGACGUCUGCGAUAACGCGAUACGACCAUUGGGUUCGCCGCAAAACUGCACGGUCGUGCAACCGGGAAAGUAUCAGCCAUACAGAGAAGUGACAAAGCCUUUUGAGAUGUCGGAUUUUUACAAGUACUCGACGAAAUAUCGUAAGAGGAACGAGGCUGCUGCGCAGUCUCAGGUCGGAAACGGAGAUUCCCCGUUCCAGGAAAAUCGUCCCGCGGAAAUGGCCACCGCCGAUUUAUCCAGGGAUCCAAAUUUCGAGCAGAAUAGUAAUAUUACUGCCAGUCCAGUACAAAGAAGACUUUAUCAGCCGGUACAGCGUAUGACUUGUCAACCAUACCUCUCGUCGUUGAGAUAAUUACAAUCGGCGCAAAUAACGUAGGGUUUAUUCAUGCUGUCACGUUGUCACACAAAUGUCUACAGAAUCAUUCAUUCGAAGAUAGGCUGGUCCUGUCGAUACUUUCUUUGCUCUUUAGUCAACCGAUUCACUAAUUGAAACAUAUAAACAGGGUGUUCUGCAUUAAUAAUUCUUCUUCGUGGCACAUUCCUUGGGUCCAAAUUAACCAGGGAAUGUAACGUUAAACAUUAAUGCGAUAGUAACCAGAUCUGUAUAUAUGAAUAUACAUACAUACAUAUAUCGAAGAAACCUAAGACAACUUCGUUCACAUAUCUUUGUCUUAAUAUCAAUCUUGACAUAUCCAUCGAAACUGUAAUAUUUAGGUAUUUUUAUUUUGAGAAAUGUUAUUAUCUACGACGCGAUUAUUAUCUAUGCACGAGAUGUGCUCCAAAAAGAAUGAAAGAAGAAAUAAGGAAUCGAAGGGAUGCAAGGACUAUGUAAUCCUAAUCCCGAUGUCGAUUAACUGAUUAAUAUUGGGACCUGAAUAGUGCCUUUAAUGAUAGAAGUAUCAAGUGGACAAUAAUGUAACAUUAUAGUAUUGUAUUUUAAAAUUACACACCUUAAUAUGAAUCUAUAACUUUACUGAAAAUUAUUCUCCACUUGUUAACUUCUGAUAUAAUUGCGUAUUCAUAAUUAUACAUGAUUCAAUGAUUAUAUAGAUAUAUAUAAGCAAACUGUGGUUUUUUUGGAGACAUCGUCAGAUUGAUGAGAUAUUAAUGUUGGUUGUUAAAUGUAGCUUUUUCUCGGUUAUCAUAUCAUAUUAAAUAAUUUUGAAAGUUUGCAAUUCUGUUAUACGCAAACUAUUUUUAGAGCUUCAUAAAUUCUACCAAGAGUCUAUCUCUUAUGACUGAAUAUAAAAUGUGAAAAAACGCAUUUCUAUAAAGCUUGAAAUGAUAAUAUGCAACACUUCUAUACAAGAAAUAAUGAAAGUGUGUUCUUAAUCUUAGAAUGAUAAUACUGACAUAUACAUACGUGGAUAAUAUUUUUAUAUUAUAUAUAAAUUGUUCAUAUAUGCGCGUAUAUUAUAUUUAUAUACCGCUCGGCGUAUAAUAUUGAAAAAUAAAUCUCAUUGUAGAUUUUAUUUGUUUACCACAAUGUGUUCGCCGGGAAGCUUAAUGUUAUAUCUUGAUUCAUGCGAUUCACGCAUUAGUCGCUAGCGCUUGUUCUCUUGUAUGUAUCACAAUUUGUAUCAGAGAAUUGUUUUCUUGUAAAAACGAUAUAUGCUGCUGUAUAGUGUGCGUUACCUGAAAUGACUUAGAUUUAUUUGAUCCACACACGUUGGAAACGCUUCAGCAUCACAUAUGUAAAAGAUAAUGGCCUUAUGUUAGCUGUGAUUAAUUAUGCAUUGCGCGUUGUAUGCUAUUUUAGGAAAUCUUUUUGUACUGCUUUAUACGAUCGGUCUCAUGUCAAUAAAGACGCUAAUUUAAUUAUAA